UGAAUAUGAUUGCAGUAUAAAUAUUAAAGAGAUAGUAGGAGGAAAACAAUAACAUAUUAAUUAUUUUUACAGAUCCUUAGACAUGGAUGCGACGAAUGAAUCAUCUUCCUUAGGAUCAUUGGAGCUUUUGAGCACAUUUGGAUGCAGAUUGAAGCGUUUAAGAGUGGAGCAGGGAAAUGACACAAGCAACAAUGCAGUAAGUGGUCCUAAUCGUAAGGAUUUAUCCACAAGUGACAUCGUAAAGGUAGCAAUGGACAAGUUUAGAGGAUUAACUGCACAGAGCUGCAGUGAUCCCUGCAUGCUUGUCCAUUCCUCUAAUGGAUAUUCUGGACUUUACAGUGAGAUUGAUGAUGAUGUUGAAUCUGUAUUGUUUCUUCUAUCAUCUGCUGACAAGGUUGCUAAUGAACAAUUUAGUCGUGCAAGAAAGUUGCUAAGCAUGUGUAGUCACUUGGCUUCUCAUACAGGUAAUCCAGUUCAAAGACUUGUUUACUAUUUUGCUCAAGCUCUCAAGGAGAGAAUUGAUAGAAAGAUAGGAAUAAUUUCAUCAGAGGGACGAGAAGAUUGCAAGAGAUGGCUUUUGAAUUUGGAUGAAGCCAUAAUCAGUUUUAAGCCUCCGUUACUUGCAUAUGGAAUAGCAAUUCCCUCAUGCCUAGCUUAUAAGUCUGCAGGAAUACAAGCUAUCUUGGAUCCCAUGGCCACUGCAACAAGGAUUCAUUUGAUUGAUCUUGGAAUCAGAAAUGGCAUGCACUGGCCUUUUCUGAUGCAAGCUCUUGCAGUUCGACAUGAAUGCCCUCUUGAAACUCUUACAAUUACUGCACUUGUUACAUCGUCAGAGGUAAUGAUCAUGGAAACUGGCAAGAGGCUGUCGCAGUUUGCUUCCACCCUAGGGCUGCCUUUUUCUUUCAAAGCAGUACUAGUGUCGGAUAUGAAUGAUCUGAAAGAGGAUUCUUUCAAGAUAGAAUCAGGGGAAAGAAUUGGCAUCUAUUCUUCAUUUAUUUUGAGGAAUUACGUUGGACAACAUGAACAAUUUGAAAAUUUAAUGAGAAUAAUUAAAAACCUGCAUCCCACUGUAAUGGUUAUGGUUGAGCAAGAAGCUGAUACAAAGUCACCAGAAUUUAUGGACCGUUUCACUGGAGGGCUUAUUCACUACAGUGCUAUGUUUGAUUCUCUUGACAUUUGCUUUGAUGGCUCCCAUCCUCAAAGAAUGCCUUUGGAAGAAGACUACUUUGGUGCAGGAAUCCGACAAAUUGUCACGUUUGAUGUUGAGGAAAGAGCUUCUCUGGAUAUGAAGAUUAAAGAUUGGAGGGCUCUGCUGAAUAGCUUUAAUAUUGUGGAGAAAGAUCUUAGCUCCUCCGCUCUAUAUCAAGCAAACAUUGUUAUAGAGAACUCUGAGCUCAGCAGUCUUUGCACACUGAGUAUGGAUGGAAAAUGCUUACUUUCUGGGUGGAGAGGCACACCAAUUUUCUCGCUUUCUGUUUGGAAGUUUAUCCCAGAUAUACCGAAACUUUGCUAACAAUGCAGCUGGUGGUUCCUAAUAGAAUAUCAGCUUUGUCAUGUACCAUCAGAAGAAGCUGGUGUAUUUCAGUAAACGCAUCUUUCAUUUAUCUUGUGGAAGCUUGGAACACUAAAGCUUAAAUUUUCACCCGGAAGAAGGUGUUCUUAUGCAUUUGUCAUCAUACAUAUAGGCCAAAAGGCAGAAUAUAAAGACGAAAGGAUGCUUGUUGCAGAAGU